AUGGCCAAAGCUCGGCUAAAACGGGCCGGCAAUGCUCGUCCAAGUGCCCAAACCACCAAACGGAGGAAGGUUGACAACACUGCGGCGCUCGCAAACCUCAUAACCGAGCACAAUCUCGCAUUACAAGAGCUUUUCCAUCUCAAACAGUACAAGCUGAUGGUGUAUUGGGACCCUUCGGCGUUAUGUCGAGCCCUACACCCUCUGGGGCUUCCCGAGGAGUUCGACAUCUUUGAGAAAGAGCAUAAGUUGGUGUGGGAUCCCGAAUACCAGCAAGCAAUUGACUGGGAUGCCCUCCCGCUUCGUCUUCAGAAGAAGCGUCUUGCUGAGCAAGAAGCGCGAUUAUUGGAGAAGUACCCGUUCAAAAAUGAGGUCAUCGAGGCGGCAGAAGCCAUGGAAAGAGCUCGAGUUGAGCUGUUGGUCAGCGACGACCCUCCCGUCGCUGCCAAGCCCCUGCGGAAAUCGACGCCGGCGAAACGAACCGCGCCCACCACUACCACCACCACCAGCACUAAUUCCAGCACUUCCACAACCUCAAAGAACUCGCUGCGACGCGCCUCGAGAAGAAGUGUGGCAGAAGUUGAGGUAAAGCAUGAGCCUGUAUUCUAUUCUGACGAUGAAUUAUCCGAGGAAGACGUCGAGGUCGACAUCGAAGAUGCUCAAACUGACGACGACAUUCUUGAAGAGGUUCCCGACCGUAAAGAAGAUACACCUGAACCUUUACGGUUGGACAGUCUACCACCUCUGGAUCGGUUCCGACUGGUGACAUAUUCCCUCACAAAGCCGUUCGUUACUCAUCCUCUGCAUAUUCCAGCAUGGAGACCGAUGAUUGCUGAAACUCCCAAAGAAUCUACUGCCGAUGUUGGCUACUACAUUGAUGGUAUUCGUAUAGAUCUGGCUGAACUGACGCCGGUCCCGCUGAGUGCCAUUACUAAUGUUGAGCAGAAAAUUGUACCUUUUGAACCAAUGCACAUUAAGGUGAAGCGCUUACGAUCUAGUGUGGAAGUUGAUACCGACGGCACCGUCGCUCAAAGGUUGCUGAAGUUCAUGGAAAGCUACAAGCUGCCGAUUGUCGAUGAUCCCAAUGCUUCCGAAUUAAUACCCGUGGACGACUAUGAACAAACUCUUCGCGAUCAAACAUCGAUGAUCGAAAAUCUUCGUGAACUUAUUGAAACUGAUGGCGUCGUUGAGCUCAAGGGCGACAAAAUUGAAAGAAAGAAGGUGCAAUUACCCCCUCCCGUCAAUAUUCGUCCCCUCACUGACGACCCGUUCCGUUUGCACCAUUGCGUUCACCCCAAGCUUUCGCAUUCAAGUAAUGCUCCUCAGAACCAACUGUACUAUGACCACUUCCUUCAACAAGCGAUUGGCUUUUCCCAAAUCCACCAGCUGAUGCGUAAGCAACACACCUACCGUGUUCGACGCAUUGCGCAAAUGAUCGAACAGCAUUUCCGUAAGAAGGCUGGUGAAAAGGAGCGUCGUGAACGGGAACGUGAGCAAAACUUACGGCGUGUUGGACGCUUGGCAGUCCAAGCGGUGCGCAAACGGUGGAAUCAAGCUCAUAAGGUAUACCAGUAUAUGCAGCGUGAGCAAGAAGAGGAACUCAAGAAGCUCAAGGGUCGCAAGCAUUUGAGUGAAAUGUUGGAGCAUCUGACGCAGUUGUUGGAGCAACAAUUGAUGCUGCGUGAAGCAACUACUGAGGGCGAGACUGCCGACUCUGACGACGAACUGGCACUGGAGGCCGAAAAUAGUGCUCAGACCGACCUGGAAAACAUGUCGCUGCUGCUGGAAGAGGAAGAUGUUGAAGCUGGUGGCGAUGAAGACGAUGCCAAGUUGACCGUCGAAGAGUUGCGGCAAAAGUACGGUGCCAUCGAAGACUCCAAUGGCGUUGCCACCGAAGAUGAACCUGAAGAAGUUCAGCUGGAUCCCCUGGAGCUGGAAGCUGACACUCUGGGUGGCGGCCUUGCGGCUUUGCUCGGAGGUACAGUUGAGGAAGACGAUGAAGGUGAUUUUUCCUCUGGCGAUGAGAGUGAGAUUGACGAUGACGACGAUUUGAGUAGCUCUGAGGAUGAGGCUAUGGAGCCGAAAACUCCUAAUGGUGACAGCAUGGAUGUCGACAUCAAGGGUUCCGUCACUGAGAAUGGUGAAGACGCUGAGAAGGAGCCAUCACCACCUCCCGUUAAAGUCAAUGGUGCCAUGGUUCGCGAUGUUCCUAUUCCUCUGUUACUUCGGGGGACUUUGCGACCUUAUCAAAAGCAGGGUCUCAAUUGGCUUGCUCUGCUUUAUAACAAUAAUACCAACGGGAUUCUUGCUGAUGAAAUGGGUUUGGGUAAGACUAUUCAGACUAUCUCCUUGUUGGCAUACUUGGCUUGCGAACACCAUGACUGGGGCCCUCAUCUCAUUAUUGUGCCGACGUCAGUGAUGCUCAAUUGGGAAAUGGAAUUCAAGAAGUUUGCUCCCGGGUUCAAAGUAUUGACAUACUAUGGUCUGCCGCAAGAGCGUGCUCGCAAGCGUAAAGGGUGGAAUAAGCCUGACACUUUCCACGUGUGCAUUACCCUGUACCAAUUGGUUGUCCACGACCAUCUGAGUUUCAAGCGGCGCAAGUGGAAGUAUAUGAUUUUGGAUGAAGCCCACAAUAUUAAGAAUUUCCGGCUGACACGUUGGCGUGCCUUGCUUAAUAUGAAUACCGAGAAUCGGUUGUUGCUUACUGGUACACCUUUGCAAAACAACUUGAUGGAAUUGUGGUCGCUUCUUUACUUCCUCAUGCCCCUGUCGAAAGCAAACCAGCUGAUGCCUGACGGUUUCGCAAAUCUUGAGGAUUUCCAACAGUGGUUUGGUAAACCGGUCGAUCGUAUUUUGGAACAAGCUACCGCAAUGACGAGCAACCCUGAUUUAAUUGACGAACUGGAAGCUACAACGUCGAAGAUGGAUCAGGAAACGAAAGAUACCGUGGCUCGACUUCAUCAAGUCUUGCGUCCCUAUAUUUUGCGGCGGUUGAAGAAAGAUGUGGAAAAGCAAAUGCCCGCCAAAUACGAACACAUCGUGUAUUGUCGUUUGCUGAAACGUCAACGGUUUUUGUACGAUGAUUUCAUGCUGCGAGCAAAGACGAAGGAAACUUUACGCAGUGGUAACUUUUUGCUGAUUAUCAACUGUUUGAUGCAACUUCGUAAAGUGUGCAAUCACCCCGAUUUGUUUGAAGUCCGCCCUGUACUAACGCUGUAUGCCAUGAAACCCGUUGUGCGUGACUACAAGCCCAUUGUGGGAAGUGUGUUCCGUGCUAGUGCUGCUGUAACUGAAGCGAAGGUCCACUUAGAGGUGCUUAACUUUGACGUGCGUAAUCAUCUUCUCCUUGACGAACACGUGGCACUGGCAAUGUCUCGCCUCUCCUCGUCAUCAGCGCUUCUAGAGCAAGCCAAUCAGCUCGACAAAUUGGUGACGGAAGCAGAGGAUCAUAUGGAACCAGAAGAUCUGAUUGUUGGUCACCAUCAACGGUUGAGAUUAGCUGAACAAUGCUGGGUUCGCGAUCGCCUUCGUCACGCUGCCUACAUCAAUGAUUUGCGGACUAGCAAACAACCGGUUUAUGGGAACUGGCUUAUCACUAAGUUGCAAUCUAUGACCAAGCCAUUUUCUAUUCAUCCUGACUUACCUCAGGAUUUCAUUAAGCUGGUUGGCGAUCGUGGAGCUGAGAUGAGGGCUUCGCUUGAUAAAUUUGCGGUCAUCACUCCUUCUGUGGUUGCAGUUGAUUUUGUGCGGGAGAUGGUGCCAAUCUCUACGCAAAAGCUCCUUCACCGCCAAGCUGUUGAUGAAAAUUUGGACAAUCCUUUCCAUUUUGCUCAGACCAAACUUUCCAUUGGGUUCCCCGACAAGCUGUUGCUUCAAUAUGAUUGCGGUAAGCUCCAAAAGUUGGCUCAGUUGCUUCAAGAAUUGGUGGCUAAUGGCCACAGAGCGCUUAUCUUUACCCAAAUGACCAAGGUUCUCGACGUUCUCGAACAAUUCUUGAAUAUCCAUGGGUACCGCUACAUGCGUCUUGACGGUGCUACAAAGAUCGAGGAUCGUCAAUUACUCACGGAGAACUUCAACCGUGACAAUAAGAUCCCGGUGUUUAUUCUUCUGACUCGGUCUGGUGGGUUGGGUAUCAAUUUGACUGGUGCUGACACUGUGAUCUUCUAUGAUUCUGACUGGAACCCUGCUAUGGAUAAACAAUGUCAAGAUCGUUGUCACCGUAUUGGUCAACUGCGUGAUGUCCACAUUUAUCGGUUCGUUUCAGAGUACACCAUCGAGCUGAACAUUUUGCGGAAGGCUAAUCAAAAGCGACAACUUGACAAUGUCGUUAUCCAAGAGGGUGAAUUCACCACUGACUACUUUGGUAAGUUUUCCGUGCGUGAUUUGGUACUGGACUCUGCCAGCAUGGUUGACGAAGACUUACCCGACCAAGCACUUAUGGGACAACAACUGGGCAACAUCAACAACUUGUUAGCUCAAGCUGAAGACGAAGACGACAGACAAGCUGCCAACGAGGCGAUGAAAGAAGUUGCUAUUGAUGACGAAGACUUCAACGAAAGUCUGAAACCGGCGACGCCGGCUCCCGGGGCACCGCCUGAGGAGGACGACGCCGAUGUGGACUACGCCGAAGGUGUGGGCCAUCUUGAUGAGUACAUGAUCAAGUUUAUCUCGAAUGGUUUAUAUGCGGAUUAA